AACACAUCGUUGAGGUUAUAUUGUGCGUUUGUCUGUUCUGUGCUUCAACAUUACAAUUUACAAUUUACAACUGUCCAGGGAGAAAAAUAACAACACCUAAGUAUUUGAAAUUAAUCACUAUUCUCUAAUCAGUAUAGUUGAAACGUUAUUAAACUAUACAUUGGAAAGAUGGAAGGAAAAAAACAAAUUGAUUUAAAAAAAGAAUUUGGUCAUUAUGCUACCAAAUAUAAAAGUUUAAACCCGUUCAAUGAAAUAGACUCAAAAAAACUUCUCAAAGAAAGAUAUAAACAAAACUUAGAUGAUUCCAAACCAUUGGAAGACGAAGAACCAACUAAAACUGUCACUGUGGACUUAUUCAAACAAAUUCCAUUGCUAGAGGACAUAGAUUUGACCAAAUCAGACCCUUUGUGCAAUAUGCCAAAACUUUCUGAAAAAGAAGCUGUACGUAGAGUGAGGAAUAAAUUUAUACGGCUACAAUUGUUAUAUGCACAAGAAUACAGAUAUUUAUUAUUUAAAUAUCGAGUAAAACGUCGUGAAUACUUAAUAAAUAAAAAAUGUGAUUCUGAAUCAUAUGGACAACUAAAUAAAUCAAAAUGGACAAAUGAUGAAGAAUAUGCAAAAUUCCGUAAGCUAAAACUAUUGCAACAUUAUCAAAAAAUGACAAUAGGACAAGAGGCUGUAGUAUUUAAAACAGCAAUGGAUAGAAAAAUAAGAGCAACUUCAUUACUAAACAAUAAGGGAAAAUCACAUCUUCCACAUUGUACAUAUGUAGAAAUGGGUAUAAAAUGCACAGGAAAAAUGAUACCAAAAAGUAAGUAUUGCAAGAAACACAUCCUCAAAGAUCCGAAGCAAAUUUUAUUCAGAGCUUGCAAUGUUCUUCAAAGUGAUAACCAGUGCCAAGAACCAAUUGUUAAUUUUGAUACCAAAUCUACAUGUGUUUUGCAUGAAAAAUUGCCAAUGCUUCGAGAUUAAAUAUUUAUCUAUAGAUAUACUACACAGAGUAUAUUUAAUGUACAACAAUUUAAAUCACCUGCUGAAUACAUUUUUCAGUUAACUGAGUACUCUCAUUUUAAUUUAAACAAUUCUUAAUACCAUAACUAAAAUAAUUUUUAUAUAAUUAAUUAAUUCAAAAUUACUUAGUUAUAUAACAUAAACUAUGCUGUUAAGUAUUAGAUAUAUAAUAUGUGUCUUAGUGUAUGGAAAUUUAUGUGUAAUAAAUAUAAUUUGAUAUUGAAUUAAAUGAAAAAAUAUUCAAUAUUACAUUUUGUAUGAUAAAUGUUAAUUUAUAUUAACAAAAAAUAUGUAUAAUAGUAUCUACCUAUAUAAGCAACUAAUCUAUUUACAGUAGUUGUCUUUAGAAAACUCAGUGUAUCAGAAACCUUAACAUUUUGGGCAACUUACUAAACCUAUAUCUAUAGUAAUUACAUGGGUCAAGUAUCAACAUGAUUUAUGAACACAUUACUCUGGCACAAAGAAAGACAGUGCAAGUGUUAACCAUAGCCAAUGUGAAGAAACCCACCACCCGAGAUUACUCUUAUAAUAAUACAAUUCAGAAUAAAGUGAUGCAAAAUUGCUAACAGAAUAUUUUAACAUUGAUAAAUAAUGUUAAAAAAAAAAAUGAUCUAAUAUUUUCCUAUUUCAAGUAAGUAUACAUGUUUCUGGUGGUCUAGUAAAUA